AUGCUACUCAUAGGCGGCUUUGACACGACGUGGUCCAACCUCCUCACGUUCGUUUACGCAAUGCUACUCUUCCCUGACGCCCAACGGAAGGCGCGCGAGGAGAUUGACCACAUUGUCGGCUCUGAAAGGCUCCCGGACUUCAGCGACCGCGCAGACCUACCAUAUCUAGAAUGUGUCUUGCAGGAGGUUUCACGCAUCCUGUCUUUCCACUCGGUCAGCAUCGAUGAGCUCAGGCCGAGCUUGGCGUACCGCAACGACAUAUACGACGGCAUGUUCAUACUGAAGGGAUUGCUCGUGAUUCCUAAUGUCACGGCAAUCAAUCGAGACGAGAAGGUCUACCGCGAUCCGGACAGGUUUUAUCCCGACAGGUUCUUACCUGAACCGGCUGGAUAUGGGGAGACACAUUUCAACACAGCAUUUGGGUUUGGUCGACGGGUUUGGCCAGGGCAUCAUCUCGCUGAAAGCACGGCAUGGCUCGCGAUGACAAACAUACUCGCUGCAUUUGAGAUCACUAACGCGGUUGGUGCGGAUGGCGAGAAAAUUGUUCCGGACAUAGCAUUCACGGAGAACGUUACAAAGUGGGCUACUACCUCGUCAUUGAAUGUACUACGCCGAGCGAGUGACCAACGUGGUCGUCGGACAUAG